AUGAAUAGGGUGGCUAUCAAGUCAAUCCGGAAAGACAAAAUCAAGGAUGAGCAGGACCUUGUCCAUAUCCGGAGAGAGAUCGAGAUCAUGUCCUCCCUCAACCACCCCCACAUCAUCGCUGUCCAUGAAGUGUUUGAGAACAGCAGCAAGAUUGUCAUCGUGAUGGAGUACGCCAGCAAGGGGGACCUCUACGACUACAUCAGCGAGCGGCAGCGGCUGACGGAGCAGGAGGCACGUCACUUCUUCCGCCAGGUCGUCUCGGCCGUCUACUACUGCCACAAGAACGGGAUCGUGCACAGGGACCUGAAGCUGGAGAACAUCCUCCUCGAUGCAAACGGGAACAUCAAGAUUGCAGAUUUUGGCCUGUCCAACGUUUACCAGCAGGACAAACUUCUGCAGACUUACUGUGGCAGCCCUCUCUACGCAUCCCCCGAAAUCAUCAACGGGAGGCCAUACAAGGGCCCGGAGAACGGGAUCGUGCACAGGGACCUGAAGCUGGAGAACAUCCUCCUCGAUGCAAACGGGAACAUCAAGAUUGCAGAUUUUGGCCUGUCCAACGUUUACCAGCAGGACAAACUUCUGCAGACUUACUGUGGCAGCCCUCUCUACGCAUCCCCCGAAAUCAUCAACGGGAGGCCAUACAAGGGCCCGGAGGUGGACAGCUGGUCCCUGGGCGUUCUCCUCUACAUCCUGGUCCAUGGCACGAUGCCCUUCGAUGGCCAUGACUACAAGACUCUGGUCAAGCAGAUCACGAGUGGGGACUACCGGGAGCCCACAAAACUGUCAGAUGCCUGCGGGUUGAUCCGGUGGAUGCUGAUGGUGAACCCAGAGCGCCGUGCCACCAUUGAGGACAUUGCCACCCAUUGGUGGGUGAACUGGGGCUACAAAAUGCCCAUCGGGGAGCAAGAGCUGCUGCGGGAGAGCGAGUCCCCCCUGGCCACGGUGGCAGAGUGGCUUCGCCGUUCCUCCCGGCCCCUCCUGGAGAACGGCUCCAAAGUGAGAUGCUUCUUGAAGCAGCACAUCCCUGGUGUGGCCCUGGAGCGGCAGCGCUCCCUCAAGAAGUCCAAGAAGGAGAACGAUGUCUCCCACGCGCUGCAGGAGGUGGCCCUGCCUCCGGAGAACCCCUCCAAAUCCAUCCUCAAGCGGCCUAAGGGCAUCCUGAAGAAGAGAAACUCCUGUGAGCAGAAGGUGCCCGGCCCCGGUCCCCCACCAGCAGCACCCACGGGAGAGGUGAGGGGUGAGGAUGGUGAGGUGGCCACUGCAGGUCUCACCCGGAUCCUGUCCUCCGGGAUGCUGCCAGGCAGCACGGGCGUUGGAGCGGUGCCCGCGGCCGUGCCCAAGAAGGGAAUACUCAAAAAGCCCCCAACGAGGGAGUCGGGGUAUUAUUCAUCCCUGGAGUGCUCUGAAUCCGGGGAUGUCCUGGACGCAGGGAGCUUGGACCUUGAUGGGAGCGUGUUUGCUGACAACCCCUCCCCGGACAAGGGUCCCCAGGGUCUCCCUGCCCGUCGGAAAGGCAUCCUCAAGCACAACAGCAAGUACUCCUCCAGCAGCACGGAGCCAGAGAGCCCCCCCGGGCAGGGCUUUGGGGGCUUUGGUGAGGUGCCCCUGCCCCAGGCGCCCCGUGCCCGCCCGUCCAGCGCUGUGAGUGAGGACAGCAUCCUCUCCACCGAGUCCUUCGACCAACUCGACCUGCCCACCCGUGUCCCCCACGGUGGCGGGGGCAUGAGGGGCUGCGUCUCCGCCGACAGCCUCCUCCGGCUGGAAGAGGAGGAGGAGGAGCUGGAGAAAGGGCGCCGGCUGCGCCGCUGGACUGUGACCCAUUGCCGGAACCCCCUGGCAGAGAGCAGCUUGUCCCUGGUGGGCUGUGACAAUGCCACCGAGGUCUACCGGCGUGCCGUGGCCAUCAGCAUGAAGCUGAGCUGAGGACACCUCCCUGGCAGGGCUCCCCGGGUGCUGUGUGCUGGGGAGGGGACCAAGCACCCCCCCGGGGGCUGUCGGUACUGCUGAGCCACGUCCCACCUAUUUAUUUUGCAGCCUCGUGCCCCUCGGGGAGGAGAGUGGGUGCAGGUGGGGAGGGAGCUGUGGAGGCUGUGGGGUAUUGGCCUGGGGGGGGACACCCCAGUGCCAGGACAUUGCAUGGACCAAAGCCCCCAGUGAUCCCCCCCACCACCCCCAUGGAGGGAGUUGGGGGUCCUGGAUGCUUCUUGCUGCCAUCCUCCCCUCUCAAACAGGCUCAUCUCAUUGCAGGGGGGGAACCAAGGGGUUGGGGGUAUUAUUAAUUUUUUUUUUCUUUGCACUGGUAUUUUUUUAUUAUUUUUUUUUUGGCUGCACACGGUAACGGAUGGGGCAGGAUAUACCUCAAACAAGCUGGAGAUGUAGCAGGGUGCUGGCCAGAGGUGCUGCCCUGGCUGCUGCCUGCGGGCUGGGCUUCAGGACGUGCUGGCAACGGGGUCCAAACCCCCCAGGUCCCAGCUCUUCCCUCUCCUGCACUGAGAAACCCAACUGGAUCUGGCCAAAGCCCCAGUCUGAGAAGAUGCUCUGAUGCCAACUUUAUUUUUUUUUUCUUUAAUGUUGAAAGGAGGAAAAAGAAGUGCCUUUGGUGAGGCACCACGUCUUUAUUUAUUGCCUUUGUCCGAUGUGAUGUAAAACUUCAGCAGCAUGGGAUGUGUCUGGGUCUGUAACAGCCUCCCAGAUGUUUUUCACGGCGGGGGGGGGGGGGGGGGGGGUCUGUGCCCUUGUCUCCUGUGCCACACGUUGAAGCUCCGUUGCACUAUUGCCACGUGUUCGCUGGCCCUUUCCCUUCUCCAGGGUGCCCGUGUUUCCCCCUCCUUCUUACAAAGUGGUCUUGAGAAAACCAUUAAAUUAA